AUGCGAAAAAUCUUACAAAAAGUGACAUCAUUGUCUGCCCGGGCAUUACCAAUAUUUCAACGACGUUUAUGGCGAGAAGAUGAAACGGAUCAAUCAGUUUUACCUAUAUCAAAACAAUUUCAAGAUGCUCAACCUAUAGAAGAAGUUUCAAAAAUAUCCUCCGCUUAUCAACUAAAUUGUGAUCAAUUAAAUCUACAUUUUUCUGGUGAACAACUUGCUACUUUACGAAUGUUAGCUGGUGGAAAUAAUGUAACAAUAACAAUUCAAUGCCACUAA